CUGCGCAAGCGCAUGGUGCAAAGAGACUUCAUUACCCAUAAGCCUUCACGCGCGUCCUCUCUAAUUUCCGCGCCUUAUCUUCUAUCGCAUUUCCGGUGCGCCUCCGACGUUUUAACGCAUGUUUUCUGUAGAAUCUUCCUGUCCAAGAGUGUUGGGCGCGUGGUUCCGAAGCCAGUGUUUUCUGACUUCACUCCAAUAAUGCGGGCCGGUUUUACUCCUCGUGGAGGGCGUGGGGAUCGCGGCGGACGCGGUGGCUUCCGAGGAGGACGGGGAGGUGGAUUUAAGUCUCCCGGAGGAGGAGGUGGUGGAAGAGGAGGCUUCCGAGGAGGACGUGGAGGAGGCGGGGGCCGCGGUCGAGGCGGGGGCUUUCGAGGAGGGCGAGGAGGCUUCAGAGGUGGUAAAAAGGUUACAGUAGAGCCCCAUAGGCAUGAAGGUGUCUUCAUCUGCCGGGGAAAGGAGGAUGCGCUGGUGACCCGGAACCUAGUACCAGGCGAGUCUGUGUACGGAGAGAAGAGGAUUUCUGUGGAGGAUGGGGAAGUGAAGGUGGAAUACCGAGCCUGGAACCCCUUCCGCUCCAAACUGGCUGCCGCUAUCCUUGGAGGCAUCGAUCAGAUCCACAUCAAACCAGGCGCCAAAGUGCUGUACCUGGGAGCGGCCUCAGGAACGACAGUCUCUCACGUCUCUGACAUAGUAGGACCGGAGGGGCUGGUGUAUGCCGUGGAAUUCUCCCAUCGUUCAGGCCGUGACCUCAUCAACGUGGCGAAGAAGCGAACCAACAUUAUCCCGGUCAUUGAGGAUGCACGACACCCGCACAAAUAUCGCAUGUUGAUCGGAAUGGUGGACGUCAUUUUUGCCGAUGUGGCUCAGCCUGACCAGUCGCGUAUCGUGGCUCUGAACGCACACAACUUCCUGAAGAAUGGGGGACAUUUUGUUAUUUCCAUCAAGGCCAAUUGCAUCGAUUCCACGGCAGCGCCUGAGGCAGUCUUUGCAUCAGAGGUAAAGAAGAUGCAGCAGGAAAACAUGAAGCCCCAGGAGCAGUUGACUCUGGAGCCCUACGAGCGGGACCAUGCCGUGGUGGUGGGCAUGUAUAGACCUCCUCCCAAACAGAAGAAAUAGAGACUGCAGAAGCUGUCGGUGGGCAUUGCGCCAGUACUGUAGGCCAGAGCAAUUUCUCUGGAUGCUUUUGGAGGCAGGACAUUUUUUCCCCCUCCAGAUCGGGCCCUGCUUCCCAAGGGCCACAUGUUCACUUCAGGAAUACUCUCCUGCAUCUGUUCUCUGUGAAGUUUUCAUAUGUAUAUUUUUUAUUAAAAUAAGAAGCCUAGAGGCAGUUACAGGUUCUGUCUGUGCACCAGGGAGAAGAAAUGUAUUUCUACCAGGACAAUGAGAAAGAGGCAAAAUUAGCUACAGCCUGGCACCCCCACAGUUGAUCAGAACUUUGAUUUCACGUGGUGGUGGGCUGAGGGCUCAGUUCUAUGUACAUUGACUACAAAAUAAAACAUUGUUCAUAUA